AUGACCCGUAUCCACAUGUACGCUCUUAAUAAGUUACACCUAGACACUCCACCACUAUGCCUAAGUUGUUACUGUCCCGUGGAGAACACCCUAUGUUCUACAUGUGGUUGGCCGGUCUGCAGCGAGGAAUGUGGGAAGUCUGCCACUCACGCCGGUGAAUGUGAAGUCUUCUCCGCAGCCAAAGUGAAGUUCCAAACAGUCGAAGAUUGGACUGUGAGCGCCCCGCAACUUGACUGUAUAACACCAUUAAGAAUACUUUUGGCGAAAGAAAAAGAUCCAGAUCGAUGGCAACGCGAACUGGAAGUGAUGGAGACUCAUACAAAGGAACGAAAGGAGAGACCCACCUGGGGUGCCGACCAAGUCAACAUCGCAGACUUUCUUGUAGACUACUGUAAACUUAGCGACAGAUUUGACAAGGAACUGGUGCAAAAAGUCUGUGGUAUUCUUGAGGUGAAUUCCGUGGAAAUACCAUCUCGUGGCGGAUUUAGCAUAAGAGCUCUGUAUCCCCAGUUAGCCAUCACGGCGCACAACUGUGUACCCAACAUCGUUCACACAAUACUACAAAAUGAUUACCAGGUCCAAGUUCGAGCUGCAGUUCCUAUAAAGCAGGGAGAAACUCUUUAUCUUUGCUACACUCACUCUUUAUCUCCUACUAUUGUCCGUCGUGACUUUCUGCUUGAGUCGAAGUUCUUCGAGUGUGACUGUGCUCGCUGCGCCGACCCUACAGAACUUGGGACACAUCUCAGCACUCUUAAGUGCAGUAAAUGUGAUAAUGGAGUAAUAUUGGCUACUAAUCCCUUAGCUUAUAAAAGGAAAUGGGUAUGUCCAGAUUGCAUUUGCCUUAAGCCAAAAUGUGGAAAUAUGGAAACGCCGCUGAGAAAAGAUUUAAAUGACCUUGCUAUUACCACCACACCGCAUAAUAAUGUAAACACACAACGCGGCAGCCAAGCUCAGUUUUCUCCUGUUAUGAUGGAUAGCGAUGUCGAUGCCACAUUACUAGUUGAACUCAAGCAGUUUCGUUCAGAUAUUAUUGCCCGCUUAGAUAGCCAGGCAAAUGCAAUUAAACAACUGCAGUACCAAUUUUCACUAGCAAAAAAUGAUCUUAAUAACCUGGUCAAAAUAAUAGCGGUCGUAGAAAGCAGAGUGACUCGGUCUCGGGCCCAUCAAUCCCCCCAGGUAAUACCAGAAGAGGCACCUUCGAGUUCGCCCGCUACAUUUGCUGAAGCUGUGACCUUGAAUGCUAACCCCACUCAACACAAAAAGAUCGCGAGUAGCCAAAAGACCGCUAAAAAGCAAAAUAUUAAUAAAAGUGUGGCCACGAAAUCUACGGCAUCGUCGGCUCAGGAGAAUGUUGUCGGCGAAUCAGUGCCUACUACAUAUAUAUUAUCGGAACAAGGGAAAGAUGAAGACACAACCCAAGGGGGGUGGACUACCGUACAAAAUAAGAGAGUUCAUCGCGCAUCUAAGAAUAUAGGUAUUGGUAAAAAUACUGAAUUAAAGGCAAUACAAGCCACAGAACGCAAGAAGCACCUGCAUGUUUGGCGCCUCCAUCCUGAAACGACCGAAGAAGCUAUGACCAACCAUAUUAAAAACAACGAGGCACCUUGGACGUGUACUGAUAAAAACUGUGGGUUCAAGACCUCAGGUGCCGCAAUGCGUAAGAUGUUGUCAGUGGUGCAGUCUGAGAUCGACCAGCUCGAUAUGAUGGAGCCCGGACCAGGAGCUGUUGAGCAGAGAGAGGCCACGAUCAAUAAAUACAAAUCAGUAUUCCACCCUCGACACUCGUUGCUUUUGUCAUUGAAACACACACUGGCUCAAUUGUAUGGCCGAGUGGAAGGGUACGGAAUCGAUGAGCUGCCGGACCUCAUGCUGGAGAGGAAGGCGGAGUUCUGUAGGCUAGUCCUGAGCACUUUGGACGUUAUUAUGCCGGGAGAGAACCGAAUGAGAGGUAUGAUGUUGUACGAGUUACAUGCACCUUUGAUGUUCUUAGCAAGAAACGAGUUUGGAGCUGGGCUUAUCACUCAAGAGAAAUUGAAAGAAAAACUGCAAGAGCCCAUUCAAUGCUUGGCUGAAGCUGCGCGGAUUCUUAUGAGGGAAGAUCCACAAAGCCCUGAAGGAAUAACUGGACAGAUUGCACAGCAGUCUAUGGAACAACUUAAAGCUAGUCUCGAGUGCUUAUAA